AUGGCGAAAAAUAAAACUAUUGAGGAGAGGUAUCAGAAGAAGUCUCAAAUCGAACAUAUUUUGUUAAGACCUGAUACCUACAUAGGAAGUGUAGAAAUGCAUACUCAGUUAUUAUGGGUAUGGAAUAAAGAAAAGAAUCGUAUGGUUCAAAAGAAUAUUACAUAUGUACCAGGUUUGUAUAAAAUUUUUGACGAGAUUAUAGUAAAUGCAGCAGAUGUUAAAGCAAGAGAAAAAGAGAAGAGCGAGAAUCCUAUGACAUGUAUCAAAAUUGAAAUAAAUAAAGAAAAUAAGCGAAUAAGUGUAUAUAAUGAUGGGGAAGGUAUUCCUGUAGAUAUACAUAAAGAAAUGAAUAUAUAUGUACCACAUAUGAUUUUUGGAGAAUUAUUAACUUCUGAUAAUUAUGAUGAUGCAGAAGAUCGUAUUACAGGAGGUAGAAAUGGUUUCGGUGCAAAAUUAACAAAUAUAUUUAGUAAAGAAUUUAUUGUACAAUGUGGAGAUAGUUCAAGAAAAAAGGAAUUUAAAAUGACAUGGUCAGAUAAUAUGUCAAAAUUUUCUGAACCUCAUAUAAAAAAUUAUAAUGGUAAAGAUUAUGUUAAGGUUACAUUCAAACCUGACUUAAACAAAUUUGGUAUGACUGAAAUGGAUGAUGAUAUAGAAAGUUUAUUAUUUAAAAGAGUAUAUGAUUUAGCUGGUACAUGCAGUGUAAGAGUUUAUUUAAAUGGUCAAAGAUUAGCUGUUAAGGAUUUUAAAAGUUAUGUAGAUUUAUAUUUAAAAGAUAAUUCAAAUGAUAAUAAAAAUAAUAAAGGACAAAAUGAUAAUAACAACAAUAAUAAUAAUAAUAAUGAUGAAAAUGCAAAUCAGAACAAUGAUAAUUUAGAUGUUAGUUUGUCAAAUGAACCUGCAGAUGGUACACCAACAAAAAAUAAUAAUAAUAAUAAUAAUAAUAAUGAUGAAGAUGAAAUUGUUAAAAUACAUGAAAAACAACAUAGAUGGGAAAUUGUUGUUUCUAAGUCUGAUGGAUCCCAAUUUCAACAAGUAUCAUUUGUUAAUAGUAUAUGUACAACAAAAGGAGGUUCACAUGUUAAUUAUAUUGUUGAACAAUUAUUAUCUUCACUUAGUAAAAAAGCUAAUGCUAAAAACAAAGGUGGUAUGGAAAUUAAAUCAGGACAUAUUAGAAACCACUUAUGGGUUUUUGUUAACUGCUUGAUUGUUAACCCAACUUUCGAUUCACAAACAAAAGAAACAUUAACCACAAAACCAGUUAAAUUUGGUAGUAAAUGUAUUUUAUCUGAUAAAACUAUUAAUAAUGUUUUGAAAAGCCCUAUACUUAGUAAUAUCCUCUUAUGGGCACAAGCUAAAGCACAAGUGGAACUCAAGAAAAAAAUGAAAGCCGGUUCAUCAAAGGCUAGAGAAAGAAUUAUAGGAAUACCUAAAUUAGAAGAUGCUAAUGAUGCUGGUAGUAAAUAUAGUCAAGAAUGUACACUAAUUCUAACCGAAGGAGAUAGUGCUAAAACAUCAUGCUUAGCUGGAUUAUCCAUUGUAGGUAGAGAUAAAUACGGAGUUUUCCCAUUAAAAGGGAAAUUAUUAAAUGUAAGAGAUGCUUCAUUUAAACAACUUAUGGAUAAUAAAGAAAUUCAAAAUAUUUUUAGAAUUAUGGGUUUAGAUAUUACCGAUAAAAAUAAAGAUGAUAUUAAAGGAUUAAGAUAUGGAUCUUUAAUGAUUAUGACUGAUCAAGAUUAUGAUGGUUCACAUAUUAAAGGAUUACUUAUUAAUAUGAUACAUAAAUUUUGGCCAAGCUUAUUAAAACAUAAAGGUUUUCUUAGUGAAUUUGUAACACCAAUUGUAAAAGUACAAAAAGGAAGCCAAGAAUAUUCUUUCUUUACCAUAGCUGAAUAUGAACAAUGGAAAGAAAAUACUAACUUAUUAGGAUGGAAAAUAAAAUAUUACAAAGGUCUUGGUACAUCUACGGAUAGAGAAUUUAAACAAUAUUUUUCAGAUAUUAAAAACCAUAAAAUAAUGUUUUUAUGGACAGGUGAUCGUGAUGGUGAUUCUAUAGAUAUGGCAUUUAGUAAAAAAAGAAUUGAAGAUAGAAAAUUAUGGUUACAAAAUUUUAUAUUAGGUUCCUAUGUUGAUCAUAAAGAAAAAGAUUUAUCUUAUUAUGAUUUUGUAAAUAAAGAAUUAAUAUAUUAUUCAAGAUAUGAUACAGAAAGAAGUAUACCAAAUAUUAUGGAUGGAUGGAAACCUGGACAAAGAAAAGUUUUAUAUGGAUGUUUUAAAAGAAAUUUAAGAAAUGAAUGUAAGGUUGCACAAUUAGUUGGUUAUAUUGCUGAACAUAGUGCAUAUCAUCAUGGUGAGUCUUCCUUACAACAAACUAUUAUAAAUAUGGCUCAAACUUUUGUCGGAUCUAAUAAUAUAAACUUUUUAGAACCAUGUGGUCAAUUUGGUAGUAGAAAAGAAGGUGGUAAAGAUGCAUCUGCAGCAAGAUAUAUAUUUACAAAAUUGGCUAGCUCAACCAGAAGUAUAUUUAAUGAAUACGACGAUCCUAUUUUAAAAUAUUUAAAUGAAGAAGGACAGAAAAUCGAACCACAAUAUUAUAUACCAGUGAUUCCAACAAUAUUAGUAAAUGGUUGUGAAGGUAUUGGUACAGGAUAUUCUUCAUUUAUACCGAAUUAUAAUUAUAAAGAUAUUAUUGAUAAUAUCAAAAGAUACAUAAAUAAAGAACCAUUAAUACCUAUGGUUCCAUGGUAUAAAGAUUUUAAGGGUAGAAUAGAAUCUAAUGGGAAAACAGGAUAUGAAACUAUUGGUAUUAUUAACAAAAUUGAUAAUGAUACAUUAGAAAUAACAGAGUUGCCCAUAAAAAAAUGGACCCAAGAUUAUAAAGAAUUUUUAGAAGAAUUAUUAACAGAUGAAAAACAUCAGCUUAUAUUAGAUUAUAUAGAUAAUAGUUCACAUGAAGAUAUAUGUUUUACUAUAAAAAUGGAUCCAGCUAAGUUACAAAAAGCUGAAGAAGAAGGAUUAGAAAAAGUAUUUAAAUUAAAAAGUACAUUAACAACUACAAAUAUGACCUUGUUUGAUCCCAAUUUGAAAUUACAGAGAUAUUCUACAGAGUUAGAUAUUCUUAAAGAAUUUUGUUAUCAAAGAUUAAAAGCGUAUGAAAAUAGGAAGAGUUAUUUAAUAUCUAAACUAGAAAAGGAAAAACGAAUUAUAAGUAAUAAAACGAAAUUCAUUUUAGCUAUAGUUAAUAAUGAAUUAAUAGUAAAUAAGAAGAAAAAAAAAGUCUUAGUAGAAGAAUUAUAUAGAAAAGGUUACGACCCAUAUAAAGAUAUUAAUAAAAUAAAAAAAGAAGAAAUUUUUGAACAAGAGUUAUUAGAUGCUGCUGACAAUCCUGAAGAUAAUGAAGAAAUAAUUGCUGGUAUUACUGUUAAGGAUUAUGAUUAUUUAUUAAGUAUGCCUAUAUUUAGUCUUACCUUAGAAAAGGUUGAAGAUUUAUUAACACAGCUAAAAGAAAAAGAAAGAGAGUUAGAAAUUUUAAGAAAUAUUACUGUUGAAACAAUGUGGCUAAAAGAUAUUGAAAAAGUUGAAGAAGCUAUAGAAUUCCAAAGAAAUGUAGAAUUAUCUAAUAGAGAAGAAAGUAAUAAAUUCAAAGUAGCUAGAAAACAAGGACCUAGUUCAAUGAAAAAGAAGAAAAAGAAAAAAAAAUUAUCUAGUGAUGAAGAAUCUGAAGGAGGUGAUAUAUCAGAUAGUAGUGAAUUCUUAGUUAAUACAUUAAAUAUAAAAAAAAAUACUAAUAAAAAAACAACAACGUCAUCAAAUAAUGUUAAUAAUAGUAAAAAAAGAUUAAGAAAGGCAGAUGAUUUAAAUAGUAACGAAUUAGAUAAUACUUUAUCCGUAUCAAAAACAUUUGAUGAUAAUAAUAAUCUAACAGAUAAUACACCAUUAAUUAAUAGAUUAAAUGAUGAAAAUAAUGAAUUUAGUAGUAAUAAUGUAGAUAAUAAAUCUACUAACAAAAAUUCAAGAAAAAAAAAACCUAAAAUUGCUGAUAGUACUAAUGAUAAUAAUAGUGAAUUAAAUAGUUCAAUACAAAUUAAUGAUAAUGUAAAUGAUGAUAUAAAUAUUACUAUAUCACCUAAUAAAACUAUUAAUGUUAAUGAGUUUUCAUCAAUAAAAAAUAAAUUAUUAGAACUUGAAAACAAAAAAAAACCAAGAUUAACCUUAUCUGAAAAAGUUAAGAUGAAAAAUAAUGAUAAGAAGGAUACACCAAAUAAAGGAAGUGCAGGAAAAAGAACACCCAGCAAAAAAUUGAAGGGAACAUUAAUAGGAGAUGAUUCUAAAUCGAGACAAGAUUCCAAUUUUGAUAGUGACGCUUCUAGUAAAAAUAAUGAAUCAUAUGGAGAUAGUGAUAGUUCAUACAACAUUUAA